GUCUUGUCCACCAAUCGGACGGGCGAAAAAAUGCUGUCACUUGUUGUUGUCGGGGUGGUAGCGUGGAUUCUGCUCAGGCGGCGUGUGCUUCUCUGCAAACAAACAAACACACACACACACACAUUGCAAACACCAAAUACGAGCAUUGAGCAUGUUCUCUCUCCCGCCCGCACCAUGAACAAUCUUGUCCUCCUUGUCGAAUACUCGGAAGUCCGUCGAGCCAUCUUCGUUCUGCUUGAACCGGCUCUCGGUCCUGCCCUCCGCGUUCUUGUUGUCGUACUCGAACUCGCCUCCGGCUGCUUUGCCAGGGCCGUGGUGGAUCCAGUCGUUGCCUUGCUUGUUGGUGCCCUCGCGUUUCUCGUCUGACACGCGGGGAGGCUUGCUCGGCUCCUGACUCGACAUCUCUGCCAGCAGCGG